GGAGUCCUCCCGAUUCAAAAAUCCAGGCCUCCUCCGCAAAACCCAUCCAAGGCGGAGAGUCGCUUUCAGCAAUCAAUGCAAAUAUUCAAACUUUUUUGAUUAAUUAGUUGUUAAUUUGUUUUAAUUUUUUAAUUAAAUUAAACAAAGAAAUCAACUUUGUCUGAGUCUCUUUCUCUCACAUCGUUGAAACCUCAAAACCGGAGACUCCAAUGGGUCGUCGCCUCAACCUAUCAGAACCCUUCAACACUCCCCAAACCUCGAUCCCUGUAUCCACCCGCUUAUUCGCCGCCCGAUUGGGUUUGCUCCCAAAUCGAUGGCUCUCAAUGCGCCUCGCUCCGACCCCCAAUCCGCCGCCCAGAAGGCCGUCGCGGUGAUCGGGUCCGGGUACGAUCUCUGCAACGACAUCCGGCUCACCGCGUGCAAGCCCAUGCUCGUCGACCUUGACCCGACCCGGACCCGCGACCUCUUCGUCCCUGGCGGGCCCGUCGUGCGCGGCGUCUCCACCUCCAUCAGGUGCGAUAAAGGCGAACGCACCAGGUUGCGCUCCGACGUCGUUUCGUUUAAUCAGAUGUCAGAGCAAUGCAACAAGGAACUGUCUCUAACGGGCAAAAUUCCGUCUGGUCUGUUUAAUGCUAUGUUUGGAUUCACUGGCUGCUGGCAGAAGGAUGCAGCUCCCGUAAAAGCUCUUGCUUGUGAUGGUUGGUUGAUAACUCUGUAUGACAUUGAGCUAGCGAGAUCCCAUGUAAAGCUAUCCGAGCAUGUGAGACAGGAAGUGCCUUCUACAUGGGACCCUGCUGCCCUUGCUGCGUUCAUUGAAAAAUACGGUACUCAUAUUGUUGUAGGGGUGAGGAUGGGUGGAAAGGAUGUAGUUCACAUAAAGCAGUUGCAAAAUUCAAAUCUUCAUCCCACAGAAGUGCAGGAAUUGUUAAAGCAAUUAGCCGACGAGAGGUUUUCUGAGGAUGGAACUGGAUCGGAGUCCAAUGAUUUAUCAGGAAAAACGAAGGAUGACGAUUCUAUGCACUGGGAUGUUCGUAGAAUGUAUGCACCCUCAAUAAGGCGACCUAUCAUCACACAAAGGAAUGAUGGUACAGUUACUGUUUGUGUUCGAAGGGGAGGUGUUGAUAUUAGUCAAAGUCAUAACAAGUGGCUUUCAACCGUAUCAGAGUCACCUGAUGUCGUAUUGAUGUCCUUCGUGCCCCUAACCUCUCUGUUGGGUGGCGUCCAAGGAAUUGGAUUUCUAAGUCAUGCAGUGAAUCUCUACCUUAGAUACAAACCGCCAAUAGAGGAACUCCAUCAAUUUUUGGAAUUUCAGUUACCACGUCAAUGGGCUCCAGUGUAUGGCGAUCUCCCUCUCGGUCUCAGGCACAGAAAACAAGUAUCCCCAUCACUUCAGUUCACCUUUAUGGGCCCAAAGCUAUACGUUAACACUAUGAAGGUUGAUACUGGAAAUCGACCGGUGACAGGAAUGCGUUUGUAUCUUGAAGGUAAGAAAAGUGACCAUCUGGCAAUCCAUCUCCAGCACCUUUCUACUCUUCCCAGUACUCUCCAACUCUCAGAUGAUCACAGUUAUGAUCCCAUUGACGAGCCAGAGGAACGAGGCUACUUUGAACCUGUCAAGUGGAGCAUAUUUUCACAUGUAUGCACUGCCCCAGUACAGUACAAUGGGGCCUGUAUUGAUGAUUCGGCUUCAAUUGUGACAAAGGCCUGGUUUGAAGCCAAGUCUGUCGGAAUGAGGAAAGUUUUGUUCCUGAGGCUAGGAUUUUCAACAGUGGCGUCUGCAAAACUCCGAAGGUCAGAGUGGGAAGGACCCUCAAGCUCUUCUCGAAAAUCAGGAUUCAUCUCGACCUUGAUGAGCACAAGGUUCAGUACUGCAUUGAAUCCGCCUGUGACGCCCAAAAAAGUGGAUUUGAAUUCAGCAGUUUACCCCACAGGGCCACCUUUACCAAGCAAGGCACCGAAAAUGGCGACGUUUGUAGAUACCAAUGAAAUGUUAAGAGGUCCCGAGGACUCGCCAGGAUAUUGGGUGGUCACCGGCGCCAAGCUCUGUGUAGAGGGUGGGCGAAUCUCAGUGAAAGUGAAGUAUUCGUUAUUGACAAUAAUGUCAGAGGAUUCUAUGAUGUUGUAAGAAACCAAAAUAGGGAAGAAACACAUACUUUUGUUGUAAAUGUUAUACCUUGUACAUUGUCCAUUCUUAAAAUUGAUUUGGAACUUCACUAGAUUCAAAAAAAAAAAUUGAUUUGGAACUUGAUUCCAUAUGGUUCAAAUCCAAACUGAUUUGCCAAUGUGAUUCUUUUGUGAGAAUUAAACAACUAUUUUUCCUCCA